CCUAGGCCCGACGGCCGUCUUCAGGGCCACGCGGCCCGGGCGUUCCGUGUGGAGCAGGAGUCCCGCGGGGCCCCACGGGAGUCGUAGUCCGGCACGCGGGGAUCACCGGGAGCUGUAGUCCGUCCCGCCUGCCCAGUCAGCGCGGUGCUGCCCGCCCCGCACUCGGAUCCCAGAGCCGCCGCCCAGGAAGGGGAUGCGGAAGCCCCUGGCUCGGUGGAGCGGAGAGGCAGGCGGGGUGAGGGGCGUUGCCAGGCAAAGGGCGAGCGCCGUGGUUGGGGUGCGGCAGGAGCCGAGGACGGCAUGUCCCAGGCCCCGGGAGCACAGCCGAGCCCAUCCUCUGUGUACCACGAACGGCAGCGCCUGGAGCUGUGUGCCGUGCACGCCCUCAACAACGUUCUGCAGCAGCAGCUCUUUAGCCAGGAGGCUGCCGAUGAGAUCUGCAAGAGGUUGUCCCCAGACUCCCGGCUGAACCCUCAUCGCAGCCUCCUGGGCACCGGCAACUAUGAUGUCAAUGUGAUCAUGGCCGCUCUGCAGGGGCUAGGCCUGGCCGCCGUGUGGUGGGACAGGAGGAGGCCCCUGUCCCAGCUGGCCCUGCCCCAGGUGCUGGGGCUGAUCCUGAACCUGCCCUCGCCCGUGUCACUGGGGCUGCUGUCACUGCCGCUGCGCCGGCGGCACUGGGUGGCCCUGCGCCAGGUGGAUGGCGUCUACUACAACCUGGACUCCAAGCUGCGGGCGCCCGAGGCCCUGGGGGAUGAGGACGGAGUCAGGGCCUUCCUGGCGGCUGCGCUGGCCCAGGGCCUGUGCGAGGUGCUGCUGGUAGUGACCAAGGAGGUGGAGGAGAAGGGCUGCUGGCUGCGGACAGACUGACCAUGGCUGACCAUCGGCACCCACAGCACAGUCCCUGCGCGUCCCCCUCCGGCUGCGCACACUGCAUGCCUGGGAAAGGCCAGCACUUCAUGGACCCUGGGGAGGCCCGGCCCUCUCCCCACACCCCUGCUCCCCACUGCCGCCGCUGCCUCAAUAAAUCUGCUGAUUUGCUGCC